AUGGCAGAAGGAAAUUAUUCCACCAUCCAAGAGUUCAUCCUCAGUGGAAUAACAGAGAUGUCUGGGCUUCAGUUGCCCCUGUUCUUUUUCUUCUUAGGAAUCUAUGUAGUAACAGUCCUAGGAAACCUGGGCAUGGUUGUGCUAAUCCUGCUCAGCUCCCACCUGCGCACCCCCAUGUACUUCUUCCUCAGUCAUCUGUCUUUUGUUGACCUCUGCCAGUCCAGUGUCAUCACACCCAAGAUGCUGGAGAACUUUGUCACGGACAAGAGCGUCAUCUCUUAUGCUGGGUGCAUGGCUCAGUUUUACCUCUUUGAUGUUUUUGCUGUUUCAGAGUGUCACAUGCUGGCUGCCAUGGCUUAUGAUCGCUAUGUUGCCAUCUGCAACCCCUUGCUGUACAAUGUUACCAUGUCCCACAAAGUGUGUUCCUGGAUGGUCCUGGGGGUGUAUAGUGUAGGCUUAGCUUGUGCCACAGGUGAAACAGUCUGUCUGCUUAGACUGCUUUUCUGCAAAGCUAAUGAUAUAAAUCACUACUUCUGUGAUCUUUUACCACUCCUGGAACUAUCCUGCUCCAGUACGUUUAUCAAUGAAAUACUAGGUCUGUCCUUGAGCUCAUUUAAUAUUAUUUUCCCAGCUCUGAGCAUUCUCAUCUCCUACUUCUUCAUCAUUGCCAGCAUCCUAGGUAUUCCUUCUACUGAGGGCAGGUCCAAAGCCUUCAGUACUUGCAGUUCCCACAUCUUGGCUGUUGCUCUCUUCUUUGGAUCUUUAGCCUUCAUGUACCUUCAGCCGUCAUCAGCAAGCUCCAUGGACCAAGGUAAAGUGUCAUCUAUAUUGUAUACCAUCAUUGUACCCAUGCUGAACCCACUGAUCUACAGUCUGAGGAAUAAAGAUGUCAAAGUUGCCCUGUGUAAGUUUGUACAAAGGCGACAAUUCCUGUGA